GUUUUAGCACUAUAAGUGCGAUAUUUAUUCGAUCAACUUCAAUCGAGCUCGUUAAUUUGGUAGCGUAAAUGUAAAGUUGAAAUCGCGGCGUUGGGGAAAAUUGGGGAAAAUCGUUGAGGAAGCUUCCGAAACGUCAAAGAAGAGCGAUCAAUAUUGCCUAGUAAAACGGGAUAUGCGAAUUAAAAUUAACGCGAAUUGUAGUAACUUAAUUUUUUAUGCGAAUUAAAAUCAAAUCAAAAGUGCUAUGAUGCUAGUGUCAACGAAGGCGGAAACCACUAGCAGAAUACCGAAGUUCGGCGCGCGGCCCGCCGGCCCCGCCACCGUCACCGGCCCGAGCCACGGCCCUCUCACCGCCUGCAGCGUAGGCAACCCGGUUCGCGUCGGCACCAAGACAGGAAUCCUCCGGUACGUCGGCCGCGUGCACUUCGCCGAAGGCCCGUGGUGCGGCGUCGAGCUGUUCGAGCCGCUCGGCAAGAACGAUGGCGCCGUCGAAGGCGUCCGGUAUUUCGCGUGCGCGGAGCGCCGCGGCCUGAUGGCGCCGCUGGCGAAGGCCCAGCUCAUCCACGGCAUCCCAUCCAGCGCCCCGUCCUCCGGACCGCAUUCCAUGCUCUUCGUCGAGGAGGCCACCAAGCGACGACGCGUCGCCGACGACGCCGACGCCGCCGCCGAAAUCGACCCGGUGGAUGAUAAUAUCCCCAAAGCUACUCCGGAGUCGGUAACCGCUGCGAGAAAAUCGCGACUGUCGAUACUCAGAAAAGAAAGCGACGAGGAGAACAGCAACUCGAUGGAAUUUAACGAAACUCUAGGCAUACUAACCCCCGAUCAAAUGGACGGUACGCUGGUUAACAUGGACGCCGAGCACGAGCGAACGUUCCUGCAGCAGUUCAUCGAAGCCCAGAGCCCGAACGUGCCCGACCUCAGCUUGGGCAUACUCGACGAGGCGUUGCUCAACUUCACCCUGUCGAACACCCACUGGCUCAGCAGCGACGCCGGCAAAGCGCAGACGCCCACGGCCGUCGAGGAGCUGCCCUUGGAUCCGGCGCCUUCGGCGGGCGACGCCAAGCAGCCGGCCAAGUGCGGCGAGAAGAACUCGUCGAGCAUCACGAGCAUCACCAGCCUGGACAUCGGCUACCAGGGCGACGGCGAGAACUCGCGGCCGGAGAGCCGCGGCGCCGACGCCGCCCGGCUGACGAGGCGCAGCCGGCGGCCGGAGCCGAUGACCGAUUCGGACUUUUACACGGAGAGCGACGCCGACAAUCACGAGGAGCAGCCGGUCAGAGGCGACCGGCGGGCGCAGGUGAUCGACGGGACGCUCUACGGCGUCGAUCCGCAGGCGGCGGCCGACAUCUACGUCAACAACAGGGAGAACAUGGACUCGAGCGGGAUAUUCACCGAUAUGGAGAAGAACGAGGACGCGUCGCCGGACGCCAGUUCGAAGACCAUCACCGAGAACACGCAGACUUUCGACGGAGGGGAUCGCGUCGAUGAGGAUAAGGCGAAGAAGCGGGUGGUGGGCGAUGCUAAAGACUCCGGCGAAGCGGAUGGGAGCCCCAAGAAACCCAAAGCUGCGACUGCUAAGGGGGUUAGCAAGCCGGUUGGUAAACCGAGCGUCGGUGAAACGGGCGCCAAAGCGUCCGCGGGGAGGUGGAGCACCGUUUUGGAUAAGAUGAACAAGCACGAGCAGAAGAAGAUCGACUACAAGGUGGUGAAGUCGAAGGUGUUCGCUAGUCUCGAUGUCAAUUCGACGGGGAAUCCCAGAACGACGGUCGCCAAGAAACCCGCGGUUCAUAAAACGCCCAAUAACAAACAAACGCCGCAGAUAAUUAGAGGAAAGACAACCCCCAAAUACAGCUCCUGCACCGUCAUAUACGAAGACGCCGACGGGACGCCGAAAAACAAGCAGAGAUCAAGGACAAUUCGACCAAAGAGCGCACAAACGCCGAAGAGCACCAUCCACAGUUCGCAGAGCGACGUCAGCGCCGCGACGCCGCCCCUCUCCCAUCGAAAACCCGGAUCUGCGAAAAAGAGAACUGACGUGUCACAAGUGACACAAGUACUGACUGCGAAUAAACUACCUGCAAGGAAUCAACAAAAAACCGCAGUAGAAAAUAAGAAAAAUAUUCUUCCGCAUUUAUCGUCGAAAACUGAAACGAAAUCGCCAAAGAACGUUCAUAAGUCCAAGGAGACCUUCAAGCCUUCGAUCAAUUCUUCGGCUAAAGAGAGCCCCAGAAGUACAAUAAAAGCGGAGAGAUCGCAGAUUGUCCGAUCCCAAUCGCAAGCGAAUCCUCACCAUCAGCAGCCCCUGAUUACCGAGGCUCUUGCGGUUUUAGUGCAACAUCUCGUCUUCAAUGUGGGGGCUUACGAAGUCCCUUCGUUGAGGCGCCAGUUGGAGAAGCUAGCCAAGGAGAAUGGGAAAAUUAAGGAAGCCUUGGAGGAGGAAAAAAAUCGUAGCGUCCGAGAAGUUUCCGAGCUAAACCGACAUUACGCUGACGUAGAGCAACGGCUCGUCUCCGAAAGGGAAAACGACCGCAGGAACUUAUCGAAACAGCACGAGGAAGAGGUCGAAGAACGCAAGAAGGAAUUCAGGCAAUCCCUGGAGAUAGUCCGAGAGGAAAACGACUCCAUAUUGGAGCAAAUCCAAGAGAAAUCCGCGCUAAUAGAAAAGCUAAAAUACGAAAGCAAGAAACUAAAAGAAGACUACGAAUCGAAGGAAACCCUCCUGCUCGGCAACGUCCACAAACUGAAGCAGCACAACGCCCAGCUGGAGGAGAAACUGAAGCGCCUCGCCCAGGAGAACGACGAACUGAAGAAGCGCAACAGCUUCAUCGAAGUCAGCAACGAGGAGAGCUGCUUCGCCUCGCAGGACGUCCACUCCUUGACCGUCGUGCUCAGAAUGAAGCAGGACGAGAUGACCGAGCUGCGGAAGGAGCUGAACAGGGCCCUGCAAAAGGUCGACGAGCUGGUCGGCAUCGAGGAGAAGGCCAGGUACCUCAACGACAAGUGCGAGGGGCUCGAGUUCCAAUUGGACGUGAAAAAUUCAACGGAAAACGGCUUGCAACAGGAGAUAUUCAAAUUGAAGGAGAACCUGAAGGAGGAGCAGGCGCAGAGGAAGAGGAUCCUGUUGCACAACGAGGAGCUGUUGUGGAAGCUGAGGCAGAACAAGGAGGUGAUGACCAAGGUGGUGGAACAAGCCGACGGAAUCGGUUUGAACCGGUCGAAAUUGUCGGCCAGCUGCAGGGAGUCCAAUUCGAGGAAAAUGCUGCUCGAACGGUCGCUGUCGUUGCGCGAAAAAAUGCCCAGCCGAUUAUUGAACGGCAAAGAGGAGGAGAGCCGCAAGUUCUUCGACGACAGCGUCGACGAAACGACGCCCAAAGUGAAAAUAAUCGUGGAGAAAUCGGACUCGGUGAGUUACAUGUUGGAAAUGAACGAGGACCCGGACGCGAUGGCGAGCAGGUUCAUCAACCGGAUGACGUCGACGCCGAAGUUCAAGCGGCCGCGCAUCAAAAACCAGCCGAGGCAGAGCCCCAUCUCCUCGUCGGUGCCGAACGACUUCCAACGCGAGCCGGUCAUCGAGCUGUCGCCGAUGUGGCGCGACGGGCACGAUCUCGACGACGCCGACGACGACGACCUGACGGAGUUGCCGGCGCUGCCGGACGUGCUCGGCGGCGGCGGCGGCGCGGCGGAGGCGCUGCCCGCCCCCAGGCACCUCGCCGGCGAGGCCAUGGCGUCGGAGAACAAUUCGGAGGACGAGAGCACCAGCUCGUCGCAGUUGUGAGAUGAACUCGAUUUUUAAGUUUUCUCGACUCGUUGACUAAGAGUAUUGUAAUGUUCGAUCGAGGAAUUUCCAAGCCCGGGCACUUUUCGAACGAGCUUAGUGAAUUUAACGAAUACUCUCAUCGCAAACGCGUCGGUUUUUAACGUGCAUGUAAACGUGUUCUGAAGUUACUUUGUUUUUAUACGUAUGUAGUUUUAAUCGAUUGUGAUUUGUUUUAUAAGAUCAGAGUGUUUCAAUUGGACUAACGAGUUCGAUUUUAUUGUUAUAUUUAAUAGAAAUUUAUGAUAAAAAAUGUAUAUGUUGAAACACACUGUAAAUACUUAUACAUAAUUCUCUAUUUCCAGUAUUAAGGUAAAUGUAAAAUAGUUUGGUUUUUUUAUAUAAUAUUAGAGAGCUAAUCUGUCGCGAUUCUCGAGGUGUAUAUGUUUUUUUAUUCUUAUUAAUAACGCGUGAAUCCUAUUUGUAUAAAUUUAAUAAUUUAUAAACUGGUGAAGUAUUUUAAUUGUUAGGACCAACUUUAAAUUAUAAAGCUGUUAUUAAAAUAAAGAAUUUACUUACCAUACGCAUUGUUUUGACU